AUGAACAUAUUUUUUUCUUCUCUCUCGUAUACAGCCACAUCUAUCUAUCUAUCUAUCUAUCUAUCUAUCUAUCUAUCUAUCUAUCUAUCUAUUAUAUUCUAUCUAUCUAUCUAUCUAUCCUAUCUAUUCAUCUAUCUAUUCAUUAUCUAUCUAUCUAUCGCAUCUAUCUAUCGCUCUAUCCACCAGUUAAUAUCUAUCUAUCUAUCUAUCUAUCGCAGCCAGUUAAUAUCUAUCUAUCUAUCUAUCUAUCUAUCGCAGCCAGUUAAUAUCUAUCUAUCUAUCUAUCGCAGCCAGUUAAUAUCUAUCUAUCUAUAUUCAUCUAUCUAUCGCCAGUUGAUAUCUAUCUAUCUAUCUAUCUAUCUAUCUAUCUAUCGCAGCCAGUUAAUAUCUAUCUAUCUAUCUAUCUAUCGCAGCCAGUUAAUAUCUAUCUAUCUAUCUAUCUAUCUAUCUAUCUAUCUAUCGCAGCCAGUUAAUAUCUAUCUAUCUAUCUAUCUAUCGCAGCCAGUUACAUUUAUCUAUCUAUCUAUCGCAGCCGGAAAUCUAUCAAUCCUAAAGCCAGUUAAAACUAAGGAAACAAUCUACAUCUAUCAAUCUAUCUGCAUCUAUAUAUCUAUCUAUCUAUUAUUAAUAAUAUUUACCUGUACAGAUUUUCAUUACACUGUUUGA